AUGGAUAUCACUGGACAUCUACGAUUAAGACGGCACGAUGGGUUUAAAGGGCGACUUGGUAUAUAUUAUCGUAAAGUAUGGAAUAAAUUGAUGAGGCUUGAUAUUGGGAUGAAAAUGUUGGAGGUGAACAUCACUCUGGAUAAUAGGGCCGGAGCCGGGUUAAAAGACGUGAAAGCAAAUUCUACUGUUAGCCGUACAGGG